AUGGAGAAGGCUAAUCCCAUCAUGGAGAUGGGAUUAGCUGUGCUGGAGGUGAUUUAUAAUGAUCCGGACAAUGAGCAGUUACCCACUGAUCCAGACGAAGUCCAAUGCAUGAAUGCAGUGUGUCAGAAGUUUCUACGAAAUGCACCAUCAUCAUAUGCCAACUCAUUGGCAAUAAUGCGCUGGAGAGAGGUUGAGGGACAGAUGAUGGAUGAAUUGCCAGGAUUAGGGGCCCCUGACUCCAGCCAGGUGGAGGAAGGGGAUAACUGGGUUUAUUGGACUGUGUGGAUUCGAUGGCCUGGCACAUCUGAUCCACAGGAAUAUAAGGCUUUAGUGGACACCGGCGCACAGUGCACCUUAAUGCCAUCAAGGUAUAAAGGGGCAGAACCCAUCUGUAUUUCUGGGGUGACAGGGGGAUCCCAAGAGCUGACUGUACUGGAGGCUGAAAUACGCCUAACAGGGAAGGAGUGGCAUAAGCACCCCAUUGUGACUGGCCCAGAAGCUCCGUGCAUUCUGGGCAUUGACUACCUCAGGAGAGGGUAUUUUAAGGACCCAAGAGGGUAUAGGUGGGCCUUUGGUAUAGCUGCCUUGGAGACUGAGGGAACUGAACAGCUGUCUGCCUUGCCUGGUCUCUCAGAGGACCCUUCCAUUGUGGGGUUGCUGAAUGUUAAAGAACAACAGGUGCCCAUCGCUACCACAACAGUGCAUAGAAGACAGCACCAUACUAACCAAGACAUCUUACCGGGAUCACAUGGUGGUGGCCCUGACCCAAGACAGGCUGUCCUCUACAGACGAACGCAUUGCUUAUACAAGACGAAACAGCUUCAAAAGAAGAGAGAAAGCUCCAUCAAAUACUUUAUGUUUAGAGGAUUCAUCUUGAAUUGCCUGGAGCCUUGCAAAGAGUCCUGGGACCUGAAGAAAAACCAUUGCCAAAGCUUCUGUGAGCCUCUUUUCCCUAAGAAGAAUUAUGAAUGCCUAACUAGCUGUGAAUUCCUUAAGUACAUCCUGUCUGUGAAGCAAGGGGACUGCCCAGCACCUGAGAAGGCCAGUGGUUUUGCAGCUGCCUGUGUUGAAAGCUGUGAAGCUGAUAGCGAAUGUUCUGGAGUGAAGAAAUGCUGUUCCAAUGGAUGUGGUCAUACGUGCCAAAUUCCAAAAAAUCUGUACAAAGGUGUUCCACUGAAACCCCGAAAAGAAUUAAAAUUCAUAGAACUUCAGACUGGAGACCUGGAGGUGAAGUGGUCUUCAAAAUUUAAUAUUUCCAUUGAGCCUGUGAUCUAUGUUGUUCAGAGGAGGUGGAACCAAGGAAUCCAUCCAAGUGAGGAUGAUGCUACUAACUGGCAAACUGUGGCACAGACUACGGAUGAGCGGAUUCGUCUGACAGAUAUCCGAGCAAGCAGGUGGUACCAGUUCCGCGUGGCAGCUGUCAAUGUGCAUGGGACGAGAGGCUUCACAGCACCCAGCAAGCACUUCCGAUCCUCAAAAGAUCCAUCCGCUCCACCAGCUCCAUCUAAUAUCAGAAUUGCCAAUAUCAGUGCAAACAAUGAUGGGAGUGUAAAUGUAAUGAUUACUUGGGAUCUUCCCGAAGAGCCUGAUAUCCCAGUGCACCACUACAAAGUCUUCUGGAGCUGGACAUAUAGCAAAUAUGUAAUCCCAGCUAAAAAAAAGAGAAGGAAGAUUACCGAUGGGGCCCAAAAUUACGUGGUCCUGGAGGGACUCCAGCCCAACAGCAACUACAAUGUAGAACUGCAGGCAGUAACACGUUGGGGUCAGAUACGCUUAAAAAGUGCUAAGGUUUCUCUUCAUUUUAGCACAACUCAGGACACCAGGAAUAAUAAGGAACAGACAUCUGCUGGGAAACCCCAGAAAGGACUGGUAGAUCCUUACCCAACAUUUCAAAGAAGAAAACCCACUCGUUUUCUUAAAAUUGGAACUCCUUUCUAUCAGGACAAUCAACUUCAGGUCAAAGUCUACUGGAAGAAGACAGACUUAAAUCCCCUACAGGAACAAGUCCACUGGUUACUGGAGUCCUGUGCACACAAUGACACCAAAGGACUUGGGAAAGUAACCGAGCUGACUUAUGAAAACUACAUGAUUCUGAAGGACCUGUCAUUUUCAUGCAAAUAUAAAGUAACUGUUUUGCCUGCAAAAUCUAAAGGUCAUUUUAAAGCUGAGAGUGUUUUCUUUGUUACCCCACUUUGCUCUGCAUUUAAAGAAAAAAACCACAAGCAAGUCCGGCUGAAGGAGCAAGAGGUGCCAGCUCUACAGAAAGUGUUGGCCAAACCCGAGAAUCUAUCUGCGUCUUUCAUUGUCCAGGAAGGUAACAUCACUGGUCAUUUUUCCUGGAAGAUAUCUAAGGCAGACCUUCACCAGCCCAUGACAGGGUUUCAAGUCACUUGGGCAGAAGUAACCACAGAAAGCCGGCAGAACAGCUUACCCAACAGCAUCAUUUCGCAGUCACAGAUCCUGCCAGCAGACCAUUAUGUACUUACUGUCCCCAAUCUGAGGCCAUCGAUGCUGUACCGCUUGGAAGUUCAAGUGUUGACCACUGGUGGAGAAGGGCCAGCUACAAUAAAAUCAUUCCGAACACCUGACCUUCCUCCAUUUUCACCCCACAGACCUCAUCUGAAGCAACAUCAUCCACAUCACUACAGGCCACCUCCAGAGAGAUAUUAG